AUGCAGAACUGGGGCCGGGUCUGCUGCGCUCUCGGCCAGAAAAGUCAUUUUAGCUGGGUCCAUGGCUUACAAGGUAUUUCCGUAGUGCCUUUAAGGACUUACGCUGAUCAAGUUGAUGCUGAUGUUACAGUCAUUGGAUCUGGUCCUGGGGGUUAUGUUGCUGCUAUAAAAGCUGCUCAACUUGGCUUUAAGACUGUUUGUGUGGAGAAAAAUGAAACAUUAGGUGGAACCUGUUUGAAUGUUGGCUGUAUACCUUCCAAGGCCUUACUGAACAAUUCACACCUAUAUCAUUUGGCCCAUGGCAAAGACUUUGCUAGUAGAGGAAUUGAAAUUACAGGGCUCCGACUGAAUUUAGAGAAGAUGAUGGAACAGAAGAGCGGUGCAGUGAAGGCUCUAACAGGUGGAAUUGCUCAUUUGUUUAAACAGAAUAAGGUGACACAUGUGUCCGGUCUUGGAAAAAUAACGGGGAAAAAUCAGGUCACGGCAACUAAAGACGACGGCAGCAAUCAGGUUGUUAAUACGAAGAAUAUUCUCAUUGCUACAGGCUCAGAAGUAACACCAUUCCCUGGAGUUACGAUUGAUGAGGACACCAUUGUAUCAUCUACUGGUGCAUUAUCUUUAAAACAAGUCCCUGAAAAAAUGGUGGUCAUUGGUGCGGGAGUCAUUGGUGUGGAAUUAGGCUCCGUGUGGCAACGUCUAGGUGCUGAUGUCACAGCUGUGGAGUUCCUUGGCCAUGUUGGUGGUUUGGGCAUUGACAUAGAGAUCUCUAAGAACUUCCAACGAAUUUUACAGAAACAGGGCCUUAAAUUUAAACUCAAUACUAAAGUUACUGGUGCAACCAAGAAACCAGAUGGAAAGAUAGAUGUUUCGAUUGAAGCUGCUGCUGGAGGCAAGGCGGAAGUGAUCACUUGUGACGUCCUCCUGGUGUGUAUUGGCCGGCGCCCUUUCACUAAGAGCCUUGGCCUGGAAGAUGUGGGUAUUGAAUUAGAUAACAGGGGUAGAAUCCCAAUCAACAACCGAUUUCAAACCAAAAUUCCCAACAUCUACGCUAUUGGUGAUGUGGUGGCUGGACCGAUGCUUGCUCACAAAGCUGAAGAUGAAGGGAUUCUGUGUGUUGAGGGAAUGGCUGGAGGUGCCGUUCACAUAGACUACAACUGCGUGCCCUCAGUAAUUUACACGCACCCUGAGGUUGCCUGGAUCGGCAAAUCAGAAGAACAGCUGAAAGAGGAGGGGACAGAAUACAAGGUUGGAAAAUUUCCAUUCGCUGCAAACAGUAGAGCCAAGACAAAUGCAGACACUGAUGGCUUGGUCAAGAUACUAAGUCACAAAUCCACAGACAGGAUGCUGGGAGCUCAUAUUCUAGGCGCGGGUGCUGGAGAAAUGGUGAAUGAAGCUGCCCUUGCAAUGGAAUAUGGAGCAUCGUGUGAAGAUGUCGCUAGAGUCUGCCACGCACAUCCGACUGUAUCUGAAGCAUUCAGAGAAGCCAACCUGGCAGCAUCGUUUGGCAAAGCGAUCAAUUUUUAAAGGGAAA